UCUUUCCGCUGCGAAGAUUCCUGAGAACGGUUUCUGUUUAUGCCAACCAACCCGUUUGUCUCUCAGGGUGCCCUGCAUCCGAUGGCAAACUUUCAUGGGAUCGUGUUGACUCUCUGCCAUGGCAUCGACCUUGGGAUUUGGACCGAUUUCAAGUGGUGACGAAUGGCACGGAGAUGUGCUAACGAACACCGGUCUGCCACCGGCCAUACAGGGCCAGCAGCAUGCAGUGCUGCGAUGCGAGGUCAGCCAGGUCGUGUGGCUGCUGCGACCGUCGGCACCUCGCGAGGUGGUCGUCACACUGCGCUGGUGGGGAGAGCCGGGCCGAGGCUCCUUGUUCAGUCCACAGCUGCGAAUCAUUGGUCAGCAGUUUAUGGCGAACAGGCAGCGUCGGACUGUGGCUGUGUAUCCGGUGGUCUGCUCACUGGAGAAGUUCCAUGCCUACGUGCGAGAUAUGCAAGUGUUGGUGUUUGAGAUCAGCGAUGGCAUCAGCCGAGCUAGCCUGGGGCAAGCACGCAUUACCGACUUCCAGUCACUGAUUGAGAAGGCUCACCAACGUGGGUCCUACCCAAUAAUGGCUUCUCCAUCUCGCAAGGUCGCGCAAAUCCACGUCUACUUAUCUCUGAAGUCAUUUCCAACAGCCGCACAGGCCAAUCUACCGUAUCAAAUUACUCGGCAAGGUCUCGCUUCGAACAAGGAGAAUGUUGAAACUACUGAGGUUGGUGGCAAACAGGAGAGUGAAGCAUCCCGAUCAACACAGGCCAGUAGCAGUUUAGUUGAACACUCGACCCAGACGGAACCCGGUGUCAGCGCUACAUCGCAAGUGCUACAACCCGAGAUGUCUGAGCUGGCAGACAAUCGACAGCGGCCGGCUACUAACCAGUAUCACGACAGCGCUGGUGCUGGACAGCGACCACUCACUACGUUUGAUGAGGUUGAAGAUGAUGUUGAACGAUGCGUCGACCUGGUCAUCGGUGAUUCUCGAGAUGCUGCACCGCCUCGCCGAUCCGCCAAACGUCUGCACAAGCUCAGCAAGCAACUCUUUGACUCCGAUCAGUCCAUAGACGCUGCAGCCAUGCUGAGCAAUGUGGAUACUGCUAGUGUGGCAGAGAGUGAUGUUAGCAUGGAAUCGUCUACCCAUGGCGAUUAUGCUUCCAGUUCACCUUCUCCAAACGCUGGUCAAGUUGCUCUGAAUCACAAUGAGCAGUAUGGGGAGGAAGAUGACGAAGAUAUCCUGGACGAGGAGUUGAUAGCAGAACUCUUCUACAAGCCCCCGGAGUCUGUGUUGGGAAGUGACGGCGAAGGCACUGCUAGCGGUAUCAGCGAAUCAGACAGCAGUGACCCGGAGGCUGACGCUGACGACCACACAUCGAAUGAACACGUCGAAACUACAGAUGAGGGGCAUCUGCAUUACAUGUUUCGCCGCAGCAAUCAGCGGCCGCCUUCGCAACGGUCUGUGGACAACCUACUGUCAGCUGUGGAUGCGGCGGCAGCUGCAAGCACUGCCAAUACAAGUGGCGUAGAGCAGGGUGAAGAUGCAGAGCAAUGGCAGCUUGGACAACAGUCAUCUGCGAGGGAUGAUGCUCUAGAACACCAUUCUCAGAAUAGAGAAGAUGACGAGAAUGAGCUUCAAUUUACAAUGUCAUCUCUUGGCAAGGGCAGCGGUGUUUCUGACGAUUGUGAGGACGAAGUAGGCACUGACGUUUCAUCCAAUGUAGCAUCUUCAAGUUAUGUGACCACUGCUCUCGGCCUGAAAGACUGCCUUGGAAUAGGGCAGCUGGCUCGAUUGGGUCGCGUGCGUGCGGCUCGCGUCCUUAUCCACAGUCUGCUCUUCACGGACACUGCCUGGCAGAGGUUGGGCUUGCUGCUACGGCCCUCACGUAUUCCACGCAGCAAGCAUUCCGCGCAGGCCUCCAGGGAUGAUUCGGGCAGGCCCAAGUCAGUGGAGGCCGUGUUUGCCGAGUACUGUUUCCCUGUUAUGGCCAGUUCGCGCGAGGGAACCGCUGUCGAGGCCACGGAGACUGUGCGCGUCGCUGCCAAACUAGCCCAACAUGGUGUGCAGUUUCAUCACCGCUCUGUAUUCCCGGUGCAUUUCAACGAAUCCGUGCUAAGCCGCUGGUGGCAGUUUUCACUGGAAGUGAAGAUCUACGUUCGACGACAAGCCCAGCGGCCAGAGCUUGUCGGUUCAUGUGUUCACCCUCUUCGUUCUCUGCUGUUGGCGUCCGGACCAACGCUAUGUUCAGAGGCUAAUGUACCCUUGCUCUCAGCUGAAAGUAAAUCGCCGGCAGUGAGGGUCGAUGAGUCAGCUGACAGUGAGCUUCAAGACAGCAGUGGCAUUGGCAAUGCUGUCACACAGUUCCUUGGCACCUUGAAGAUGACAGUGGAGCUGUCACGAGAUGGCAAGGCUUGGCCGUCGCCACAGCUCCAGCAGCCCUUGCCACAGUCCUCAUUGAAUGCGGAGAAGGUGGCCAAGGCACUGUCCGCCAUGUCCGACAAUGGCUGUCAGCACCUAUCCACAAGCACGGCACAGGCGAAUCCCCUUCGUGAUCCCGGGUCUUCCACGCUACAAGGCAAAUAUCCUUCCUCGCCUGACAUUCUUCAUCUGCUGCUGCUCAUCCCAUCGGUCCAGCUAUCCCAGGACAAAGCUGUGGGUGGCACAUCCAGCACAGGACGCUUCUUGAACCCCUACCUGGUGUGCCGCACCGCCUUCAAUCCGCAGCCUGUUUCAUCCGAUGUUCGCUGGGGCACUCUACAGCCCAUCUUCAAGUUCAGACUGCUUGUACCAGUCCUUGCUGAGGAGAAAGCUGUCAAGGAAGUUUGUAACUCUGUCAUAGUCGUGGAGGUGUGGAAUCGCGACACACAGGCACAGCAGGACAAGCUUAUUGGACUUGUGAAAUUACCUGCACAUCAGUUUUAUUUCUCGUUCCGCGACUCACGACUAGCAGCUGCGCUAUAUCAAAUGAAGAUGCCUGUGGUGGCUGUCAAUGGGGACAGUGCCAUCCUACCGCUGGCCAGUAGUUCAGCGUGUGGAUCAAUGAGAACGCUUCUAGCAAUGGGAACAGCUGAACAGAUUUCAAACAUUGAGAAGAGCUUUGCUGAUAGAGGUGCCUACAUGCCACAUGAAGAAGACAUACAGCCAAGCAGGUCUGGAGAUGUGCAAGUCCAGGAGAACACUGGCGAAAUGCCUGCGACUACUUCUGGUGUUCCAGUGGAUAGCAGCAGCAGCAGCAGCGUAGAGCAUGUAUUCACUGUGGACAUUGUGGCCGUACAUCAGCUGACACUGCCACCUUCACAGCAAGCAGUAUGGGGCGAGACCGACUGCUAUGUCCAAUAUCGCUUCCCUACCAUAUCCACUGCCAACGGUAAUGCUGCUGCUGCUGCUGGUGGUUGUGGUAGUGGCCAUGAUGAUGCUGGUGGUGACGGUGGCUCACUGCGCAUCACCUCCACGGUGUGCCGCACCAGCACAGCUCUGUGUGCGCCGGAAGCACGCUAUCGCAGUGCACCAUCCCGACACACCCUGCGCCUAGCAGUAGGUAAGCCAGUGCAGACGCUGCUCAUCAAGGCGUUUGCCACGGUAUCUGCCUCAUCGUCGUCGUCGUCAUUACACCAUUCCAGUGCCAUGGCGUUUGACCUCUGGCAGCGCUUCUACUCACCGAAUGUCCGCGAUAAGGUCAUGGCUAAGGCUAUUCUACCCAUUGCCAAGCUAUGUGCUCUGGUUACUAUGCACAAUAGCCAGGCACCACUCAGCAAACAGGUGUUCAACUUGCCUCUGCUACCCGCCACCACCGCCGCUAACCCCAGUUCAGCGGCGAUGCCAUCUGGCCAGUCGUGUGGACGUUUGGAAGUGGCUGUAUCCUAUCAGCGGCUGGUUUGCGAGCACUCCGAUCCACACUCUGAUCACCAGCUGGACAGGGGAGUGACGGUCGCAUCUUCUAGCAGUCACGUCUGCAUUGCUGUUGAUCUGCAUCGUGUGACUGGACUACAGCCGGCAGUUCAAGCUGCGUCCAUCGACCAACCAUCCCUGCACUUUGCUGCCACGGCCGGUGCUAACGUCUUUGCCAGAGUGCAGCUUUUGGACAAGGCGCCCCGUGACACACCACUCAUAGUGCGUGCAUUCUGUGCCGAGUUUGCACACCAUAGUGAGUUUGCGUGCGCGGUUGUCAGCAGUUCCGUGGUGUCUGGCACCAUUGCUCCCAGUGCCGCCGCCGCUGCUGGUCAUGAUCCUGUGUACAACCUUGCUGAACAGCUGCAAGAGGGUCGCUUGACAGUGCGGGUAUUUCACAAGAUGCGCGACAACGAGCCUGUGUACCUUCACGGUGAUAAGCCAGUGGACCGCAGCUCCAGUGUUGGCUCUGGCGGACAUCACCCUAGAACAACAGGCUUGGCUAGUAGCACAUCAUCACCUACUGACUGCGUUCUGCUAGGCGAAGUGACACUGUCCCUGGAAGACUUGCUCUCACACUCAUCAGGUAUCCAAGGCUGGUUUUCACUUGACAAUGAGCAGCUCUCUUCUGAGGCCACUGCCCAGGACGCGCGUCUCUCUGCUCCACUUGCAAAUCGCCUCGGCGCGGUGCAGCUCUCCGUCGAGUUUCUGAAGACCACGGACCGCAGCGUGGUUAUCGAGGCAGGCCGGCGCGCUGGCUGGUUGGGUUCGCUGCCUGUGUACUCCUUCCCACGCCCGCAGCCUUCAUCGUCAGUAACAUCAGCAGCGGCGGCAAUGCCAAACGAAGCACAGCUGCAACCAGCUGACCAUGUACACAUUGAGUUAGUGUUUGACCAGGUGUGGCUGCCACACGUUUUGCUGCCUUUCUCUAUCCGUCGCCAGCACUCUCGUAGCCACGGCUCGCGACCCAAUGUUUACUUGCGGUACAAAUUCUUUAACGAAGGUACCGUACUCAGCACAUCCGUACCACUUGCAGAGAGCUCAGAGCACACCAAGCACUCGACAGCCAAAGCCGGCCAUGACAGAACUGUGAGCAGCGAUACAGAGCGUGUCUCCUGCACUGAUCUGCGCCACAGCCACCUCAUCCGUAUCCCGACGUCGGAUGCCUUACUCUGGUACAUGCAAGAGCAGCAAUUUGAAGUGCAAGUCUGGUGUAGUGACUCUCCAGCUCAUCCCAGUACUGUCGCUGCCUCAUCCUCAAAUCCUACUUCUACUGCUGUAAGCCAUUCCGCCGAUGACUCCAGUAGUCCUACCACGGGUACUGAUAGCUCAACAGCAGCGACAGCAGCUUCAAAGUCUGUACUUGAGCAUCAGCAGCACCACCAUCAUCACGUCGCAUCCGCCUACAUUCACUUACGUCCACUGCUGGAUCAGCGGGCUCAGUACCAACUCAGUGGUCUGUACCCGCUGGUACGCAGUACAGCCGCUAGCCUCGCAGCUGCCAGUCUACGCUGCCACCUUGCACUGCGCCUGCCAACCAGCAGCAGCAGCAGCAGCAGCAGCACUGACCAGCCUACACCAGUAAUCAGACAUGCACAUGCCCCGCUACCUCCUCAAGCAGCGGCAGGCACAGGUAGGCAGACCAUAUCAUCGGCUAGUGCUCCCAGCAUGCCCAGUGUAGGUCAUGAGCAACCUGUCUCAGUGCCCAAUGCAGCAGCAGCAGCAGCAGGAGCAGAACAGUCUUCCUUGGCGGCUGUCAUGCCCACGCUGGGCAAGAGCAGCGAGACAGCACCUGAUGAGGUGACACAGUCACCUGUGGACACCGUGCAAAUGAGCGUGUUACUGGAGGAAGCACUGCACAUUCCCAUGGUUUACUCAGCACUUGGACAGUUGGUAGCACCAAAUGUGUUUGUGAGUUUUCACCAUGGUGCGAGCGGCUCGGAAGUGUGCCAAACGUCAACCCAUGCCAGUAGCCGAAAGCCGAAAUGGAAUGAGGUAUUUCAAGUCCGUGUCAACCGCCUGUUGCUCAACAAAGGUGAGCCUGUCGAUGGUGAGGAGAGAGCGACUUCCUUGCAUUUGCCAUUCAUCAUCCAAGUCUUCCACCAACCACUGGCUGCCUGCGAUUCAGGCACCACUGCGGCAACAACAGCAACACAUCCCGAGCGAGCUGGCCGUGGAUCUCCCGUGCUCCUCGGCCAGGCAUCUGUUGACCUGACACCGCUGUCGUGUGGUAUGCCGCAGCUCAGUGGCUGGUACAAUGUGCUGGACUCUCAACAGCAGACAUGUGCUCAGCUGAAGGUGACGAUCACCCCGUCUGAGCUCAUCAGAGCAACCAUACCAUCACGAUUGCAGCACUUAUUGUAUCGCCACCAGCAGCAACCCCCACAGCAACGGCAACAAGAACACCAACAACAGCUGCGGCAUACCAGAGCUAACACCGCCGCCUCUAUCAAGCGUAAUGUGUGCCCUGAGGAUGGCAGCGGCAGCCAGCGUCAACCAAUCGCUGCCGAUCUAUUCACCGAUCACCACUCACCCAGCAGUAGCACCCAGCCGACAGCGAGUCACGGCACUGUCAGCGGAGAUCAUGACAGCCAGGAUGCAGCGCAGUCCUUCACGCCGUCCUGCACCACUCUGAACGCCCCUGGCGUACUUCAAGACCUUGCCAACAGUGACCAACAGUACAGUGAUAGUCGUAAGCAACCGGAUAAUGCGGACACGGACGAUUCAAGCGAGAACGGAGAACAGAUCAGAAGUAAGGUGUUGGCAGAUUUGUGUGCCCUGCAUGAGCAGCUCAAGAAGCGUCUUCAGGAGUUGCCGAGCGACUCCAGCUCAUCGGCCGGUGAUGAUGGUAUGAGCACCAGUACACCAGCAGCAGCUGUGUCUGAUGAUGGCAGCAGCCACUGUGAUGAGCUACAUACGGGUAGUACACAGGAACUGUUGAUGCACAGUAGUAGCUCCAGCAGUCCGCGUGGAUCACAGCCCCGCCACAAGCAUGGAACUAUGGCGGAGCAGCAGGAGAAUACCUCCAGAAUUCUCUCACAGCCCGAGAAAGAUGCUUGUAUUGGGACACUGACUCUCACAGAUGAACUCACUGGACAGCACUCAUGUGCGCAGGACAGGAAUCUGCCCGAAGCAGAGAAUGAUAGUAGCGGUGAGGACACACUGAGUGACAGAGAGAUGUCUUUCGUGACUCUGCGCUCUCUCAACUCUUCUCCGAGUACAACUGACGACGGCUGCCUGUCAGAUAUAUCCUUAUCCCCAAUUCCCAAGCGUCGACAGUUCCACACGAAGACUACACCCGUGACCCUAGGCUCGGCUUCGGGUGGGCCAACGCACAGCCUAUCGGAUGGGUCGACACUUGCUUGCUCGUCUUUGUCGGAUUUUUUCGGUGAGCUCAGUGAUGGUGGUGAGUGGCAAGAUGAUGGUGGUGUACAGCAUCACGGUGGUCAAGUCACGCCAAGGCGGCACCUGCCCUGCCACACUACCCCGUGCAGCUGUGGACACCACUGCACCAGUGCAGCCGCCGCCAGCAUCCCUCACAGUGCAGCUGCCAGCAUCCCUCACAGUGCAGUCGCCGUUAGUGUGCAUACUGGUAGCGUGAGCACAGUAGCCACCGCCGUCGUCACCACCAUGGUAUCUACCGGUGUGUGUCGUGAUGACAAGGCGAGUUGCAAUGUGUCCUCUAGCAGCACCGCCGCGAGAGCUGUAUUGUCAUAUGACAUAGCGGGGAACAGCGAGGCACUGUGCCCUUCCACUGCGGCGGAUACAUGCUUACCUACAGUGACUGCUCCCGUGUCCGCCACGCAGCCGUGCACAACUUCUACUGGCACUCACCGUGCAUGCAACACGCCUGCUACAGACCACUCGUCGCCGAUUCCUGAUCCCAGCCAGUACACUCAUACUGCAUCAUCGUCGUCAUCAUCAACGCCAGUGGCGGCUGCCAGUGUCAUGUCUGCCACGGGAAUAUCCGAUAUAUCCACUGCUACUAACUCCGACAGUUUACACACUGCUACGAUUCCUACGGCAGGCAUGCGUAUGCGCCAUCCCGGACCACCGCCCGCCCCUGACGCAGGUACACACGCCCGCACUCCUGGACCACCGCUGAUUCCUGUCGCUCAGUUGCUCAGUCAUAAAUCGGCCACUAGCUCCACUCCUGGACCGGAUUCCACCGUGCCUGCGCCUCCACAUUCUCUCAAUUUCCACCUACCCGCCGAGAGUCUGGCUAGCCGACUGCGUGCUUUUAGAACCAGUGCCCGGCAACUGCCAACGGCCUCGUUGAUGCGCUCAUCUGACAGUCGGCGGCCGCCACUGGCUGCACCGGCUAUGUAUAAUGCCAGUGAGGUCCAGGGACUAGAGCGGGGUAGUGCUGACACCCAUGCAACCACCACCGGUACACCAGCACAGCAGUCACAGUCAGCCAUGGCUGCUGCUAACCAGCUGCUCAGGUCCAUAAGCCUGUCCAACCAAGAGGUGGCUCGCGUUGCCCGUAUCUUCGAGUCAAAGCUGAAUUCCCACCCGACGUGAUGUGCCUGCUGAUAUGCCCAGCAGCAAGGGCAAGUGCAGUGUCAUGAUCUCUUUCAUGUGCCAGUCCAUUUGCCAUGGUGACGUCACAGUGAUGUCAUUAUGCUCCCAAAAUACUCAUUCUCAUUCACCAGUGACGUAACGGUAUUUCAUCACUCUGGUUCAGACCUACAUAUAGUAUGUAUCUGCAUCAGGCCAUCAACAUACUUCGAAGUAGUCUUCUAGUUUGGAGAGCACAGUACCGGAAAGACACAGACAUAGUUUUAUGAUCAACAGCCCAUUUUUAUGAAAAUUCCCAGUCAGUAUUUUAGUUUACAAUUGCAGAAUUGCUGCAUGUCAUCAUUCAUUUAUCAGAAUGACGGCAGAUUUACGAGUACACUCGCUCGAAUCCAUCCAGUAUUAAUUGUUGUCACAGUGUGCACCACACACUGUACAAGACCGAGAUACCAUGCAAGCUGUCUCAACUGCACAACGCAAACAACUAGGUUGCUCUGUGAACAUGUUCACCAGACAGAUAAGCUGUGCCGUAGUACAUGGUUGAGACGGCACACAUGGUCAGUGCCUUGCAUGCUAGGAGAAUCUGUCUCAUCAAACAGCCCGGCCCUUUUUUAAUAAAAUUAUUUUGUAUCUGGUAAUUCGAAACUAUGAUUGCUUUCAAGGUAAUGACAUCGCUUACUGCGGCUUAGCCCUGAAGGAAUUACAGGGCAUGUGGG